AUCGUGGAUAUUAUCGUCCGUCUUUAUCCUGUGAAUUGCGAAUGGUUCAGUCGCCGCCGACGAGGUGAAUCCCUCUUGACGGUGAGAUUAUUCAAAUUCCUCAGUACUGGAUGAACACCGAGUCCAUUCGCAUUACUGAGUACGAGAGAGGGAGAGAAUUAUGUUGAAUUUGCUGCAGUGGAAGCUAUUACCUCUACUGACUUUGCUCGCUUCCAUUUUCGUAGUUUUCUACUUACAGUAUCCAUCCAAGAAUGACUGCAGCCUGCUUCCUUACCAACACUAUUGGAUAACAAGCAAGCGCAUUGUUACGCCACAAGGAGUCAUUUCUGGUGCUGUUGAGAUAAAUGAGGGGAAGAUCGUAUCCAUUGUUAGGGAAGAAGAAAGGCAUGGGAAGAUUACGGGAUCACAUGUAGUUGAUUUUUCAGAUGCCGUUGUAAUGCCUGGCUUGGUUGACAUCCAUGUUCAUCUUGAUGAUCCUGGACGAUCUGAAUGGGAAGGGUUUCCUUCUGGAACAAAAGCUGCAGCUGCUGGUGGUGUAACUACGCUGGUUGACAUGCCUUUAAAUAAUUUUCCAUCCACUACGUCUGAAGAAACUCUAAAACUCAAGAUUAAGGCUGCUGAAGGAAGAAUUUAUGUUGACGUUGGCUUCUGGGGAGGUCUUGUUCCUGAGAAUGCUUUCAAUGCAAGUGCUUUGGAAAGUCUCCUAAGUGCAGGUGCUCUUGGCUUAAAGUCGUUUAUGUGUCCUUCUGGGAUCGAUGACUUUCCUAUGACAGAUAUUACUCAUAUAAAGGAGGGAUUGUCAGUGCUGGCAAAAUACAAAAGACCUUUGCUUGUACAUUCAGAGAUUCAGAAAAGUUCUCCAAGCUCUUCACAACUUGAAGAUAGUCAAGAUGACCCUCGUUCUUACUCAACAUAUCUUGCAACCAGACCACCUUCCUGGGAAGAGGCAGCUGUUAGAGAGCUGUUAACAGUGACAAAUAACACAAGGCCAGGUGGCCCUGCAGAAGGAGCUCACCUUCACGUCGUUCACUUGUCUGACUCAGGCUCUACCUUAGAACUUAUUAAGGAAGCAAAAAGGAUUGGUGAUAGUGUAUCUGUUGAGACGUGCACCCACUACCUAGCUUUUUCCGAGGAAGAUAUAAAAAAUGGAGAUACUCGCUUCAAGUGUGCUCCACCACUUCGUGAUAAAGCCAACAAAGAAAAACUAUGGGAAGCUCUAAUGGAAGGACAUAUUGACAUGUUAAGUUCCGAUCAUUCGCCAACACUGCCAGAACUAAAGCUACUUGAUUCUGGGGACUUUUUGAAGGCUUGGGGUGGCGUGUCAUCUCUGCAGUUUGAUCUCUCUGCGACAUGGUCACAUGCAAAGAAACGUGGAGUAUCAAUAGAGCAAUUGGCUUUGUGGUGGAGUGAGCGGCCUGCCAAGCUUGCUGGCCUUGAAUUAAAGGGAGCUAUUGCUGUUGGAAAGCAUGCGGAUAUUGUUGCAUUUGUACCAGAAGAGGAGUUUGACGUCAAUGACAAGCUUCCUGUAUACCUUAGACAUCCAAGCAUUUCAGCCUACAUGGGAAUGAAGCUGUCUGGAAAAGUUUUGGCCACAUUUGUAAGGGGGCAACUGGUAUUCAAAGAGAAGCACGCACCCGCCGCCUGUGGUGCUCCAAUCCUCGCAUGAUCAAGGACUCUGAUAUCUAUUAAUCUUCAUGUUAUGACUUAAUUAGUGCCUUUCAUGCGCUUAUGAUGUAAAGAAUAAAGGGUCAAAUUUUCUAGAGUUGUUUGUUAUAAAGCAUGAAGGGUACUAAUAUCUGUGUUAAACCUUUUCAUUUAUAUAAAGUUGAGCUGGCUUAUAAAAUAAUCUAUAGGAUAGGAUGCUGGAAGUGCACUCUUUGUUGGGA